CUCAUUGCGACCCCCUAACAAUCUAACAGUCCCCAAAAAUCUGGGGUAAUCCAGUCACACUCGUAAGCGAAUUUCCACAAACCAAAGCAUCGGGUAUCGGCGACUGGGGGUUUGUUCAAGGAAGAAAACCCUUUCUCUUAUUUCCAGUCGUAGUCCAUUUUACAUCGGACGGAUUUAUCUCCUAUUCAUUACAUUCUCCACACGGGUAGAAGCAAGUGUGGCCUGUCAUGCGGACUCUAUUAUAGCCCAACAUGACGCUCUACUUUGAGCAGUGCUGGGCUAUACUAAGCACAAUCGGGAUCGCCAAUGUCCUCUAUGGUCUGACAGUCAUCAGCAUCACCAAGUUCUCCCCGGUCGUGCUGAUCCCGAUCGUUGUCAGUGCGGCCUGCGCUAUCGCCAACGGAUUGUGUUACUAUGCAUUCUACUCGGACUUUCCAACCACGAACACGGCCGUCGCGUCCGGGUUUGCCGAUUUCUUCUGGCUGAUACAGGAAGUCGGCAUCUCGUUCUACAGCUACGCGAUCCUCAUCCGCCUCCUGACCCGCCGCAGCCGGACAGUCUUUAUGGUGUUAUUCUGGGUCAUGGUCUUCGGCAUUGCCGUGUUGCGGAUGGUUAUACUCGUCGGCCGCAUCAAGAUCAUCCUCGACCCCGGCUCCGGCUUCCUCAAGGUCGUGAACUACCUCCACGUAGGCUACUUCUCGCUCAUCGCCCUGCUGGAGUGCACGAGCGCGUUCUUCCUGCUGCGCGAGUUCGCGUCGGCCAGGAAGGCGUCCAAGGAUGCGGCGCUGAGCGGAAGCGCGUUGCUGCAGCAUCUCAUGCGCGGCACCGAGACUAGGGUUGCAUCGCUGGCACUGAUUGGUAUCUCGAGGGCCGUCGCGUAUAUCUUCAACCAGUCUCUGCCGCAGGCUCUGACGACCGCCGGGCAGGUCGAUCGCUUCGUGUACACACUGGAAUGCCUGUUCCCGAUGAUGAUAUAGUUAGUGGUCGCCAACCUCCAAACACUAAUGACGCAUGUCGACGUUGACUUUACGUAGUAUCGAUAUACUGGCGUGCAAGAUCAAGUUCUCUAGCCCGAGCACGAUAGAGAUGCCUCAUAUACCAAGCUUGAAGUCAGGCGAAGCGAUUUGGGACGGCAUAGAGGAUGUCAAUCAUCACGUGGCGAGAAGCCGUCACAGUAGAGGCAGUACAGCUGAACAACAACUUGUCACAAGGCCGCCGGAUGCUGUCACAGAUGAUUGGGAAAGCCAUGGCGUGUUAAAAACAGUCGAAUUCACAAUGCACGAUGAAACAGGUUCAAGCUGUUACGGGAUUAGCUAUAAUAGAACUCCUAGCCUUAAUUAAAGCUUUUAUUUUACAGAGUUUAUUUCACCUUAUUAAUCCUCUCGUUUGUAAUAUGAAG